AUGAAGACCUCAAUCAUCAACGCCAUCAUCGUCGGGUUUGUUGCCGGUAUCAAAGUCGCCGAGGCAUGCGGCGGCAACUACGACAACUGCCGCUGCACUAUGGCUGAUGGCAGCAUCGCCAACGAAAUCACAGGGGCAGCAUGCCGUGCAUACAAUGCAGGAGCCAAACUUGAUGCUGGCGCUACUGCCUACACCGUUUGGGCGCAGAACAACGAGGUCACAUAUUGCCAAGGCGGAACCACCGGCACUGGAGAGGGCUACGUUCCAGUUGACAGCUGCGCCAUGCUGUCGUACUGUGUUGGUGCAGGCGCCACUGGCACCGACGCUUCGUGCAUGAGUCCUCAGUAA